AUGAAAGGAGACCAAUGUUCCCGGUUCUUCCGCAAGAUUGCACAAAGGAGAUCGAUAAGGAGAAUCCUACAGAUCAAUGUUGAUCAUGGAACCACGCACACUAACCCAGGAGCUAUUACGAAUGAGUUUGUUGAUUAUUACCAUAAUCUGCUUGGAGGGGAUAGGAGGCAUGAAGUGAUCAAUCUUAGUUUCCUUAAACCCUGGGCACGCCAUCUGUUGAGUGACGAGGAGGCAAACCUGCUACUUGCACCAUUCACGGCAGCAGACGUGAAACAGGCAUUGUUUGAUAUUGCUGAGGAUAAAGCGUCGGGACCGGACGGGUAUUCAUCGGGAUUCCUUAAAGCCGCUUGGCCCAUAGUGGGGCAGGAGGUGUCGUUCGCACCUAUAUCUUGUUGCAAUGUGUUGUAUAAGAUCAUCGCCAAGCUCAUUGUCCAACCAUUAAGUAUGAUGCUGGAUAAACUUAUAAGUCCGUGCCAAGCGGCAUUUGUGCUCGAACGGAGCAUUGGAGACAAUAUUAUGCUAGCGCAGGAACUCUUCAUGGCAUAUAACCAAGCACGUCUUCCUCCCCGUUGUGCGCUGAAAGUGGACAUUCGGAAGGCAUAUGACACAGUUGAAUAG